GACCAGGACAAAUGGACACUACUCCGCAACGUCAACCAGGUCCUGAAGCCCACGACCAUUUUAGCGGGGGAUUAUGUGUGGAUGGACCUCAAAACUGGACGGGAAUUCGAUGUCCCCAUUGGAGCGGUGGUUAAACUGUGUGACUCCGGACAGAUCCAGGUUCUGGAUGAUGAAGGCAAUGAGCACUGGAUUUCCCCACAGAAUGCCAGCCACAUAAAACCCAUGCACCCCACCUCCAUCCAUGGAGUGGAGGACAUGAUCCGUCUGGGGGACCUGAACGAGGCAGGAAUUCUCAGGAACCUGCUGAUCCGCUAUCGGGAGCAUCUCAUCUAUACAUACACUGGUUCAAUACUGGUGGCAGUAAACCCCUACCAGCUCCUACCUAUCUACUCACCUGAGCAGAUACGCCUGUACACCAACAAAAAGAUUGGUGAGAUGCCACCACACAUCUUCGCAAUUGCUGACAACUGCUACUUCAACAUGCAGCGCAACAACAAGGACCAGUGUUGUAUCAUAAGUGGUGAAUCCGGAGCAGGAAAGACAGAAAGCACAAAACUGAUUCUGCAAUUCCUGGCAGCAAUCAGUGGUCAGCACUCUUGGAUUGAGCAACAGGUCCUGGAGGCAAAUCCCAUCUUGGAAGCUUUUGGGAAUGCAAAGACCAUCCGUAAUGACAAUUCCAGCCGAUUCGGGAAGUACAUUGACAUCCACUUCAACAAACGGGGAGCCAUCGAGGGGGCAAAGAUUGAGCAGUACCUGCUGGAGAAGUCCCGGGUCUGCAGGCAGGCCCCAGAUGAGAGGAAUUACCAUGUAUUCUAUUGCAUGCUGAGAGGAAUGACAAUAGAGCAGAAGAAGAAGCUGGGUCUUGGGAAAGCCACGGACUACAACUAUCUGGCGAUGGGUAACUGCACAACCUGUGAUGGCAGAGAUGAUAGCAAGGAGUAUGCCAAUAUCCGCUCAGCUAUGAAAGUCCUCAUGUUCACUGACACAGAGAACUGGGAGAUCUCCAAGCUGUUGGCUUCCAUCCUGCACAUGGGCAACCUGCAGUACGAAGCUCGCACCUAUGACAACCUGGAUGCCUGCGAGGUUGUUCAGUCAGCAUCCCUAAUCACUGCAGCAUCAUUGCUGGAGGUUGAGCCUCAGGAUGUGAUGAACUGCCUUACCAGCCGGACUAUAAUCACCAGGGGUGAGACUGUCUCCACCCCUCUCAGCAUGGAACAAGCGCUGGAUGUGAGGGAUGCUUUUGUAAAGGGAAUUUAUGGACGACUUUUUGUGUGGAUUGUGGAGAAGAUCAAUGCUGCAAUUUACAGACCUCCUUCACAGGAACUCAAAAGUAUGAGGAGAUCCAUUGGCCUUCUUGACAUCUUUGGCUUUGAGAACUUCAGUGUGAACAGUUUUGAACAGCUUUGCAUUAACUUUGCAAAUGAAAACCUGCAGCAGUUCUUUGUGCGCCAUGUCUUCAAACUAGAGCAGGAGGAGUACAACCUGGAGAACAUCAACUGGCAGCACAUCGAAUUCACUGAUAACCAGGAUGCCUUGGACAUGAUCGCUAUCAAGCCCAUGAACAUCAUCUCCCUCAUUGAUGAGGAGAGCAAGUUCCCCAAGGGUACAGAUGCCACCAUGUUACACAAGCUGAACUCCCAGCACAAGCUUAAUACCAACUAUAUUCCUCCGAAGAAUAACUAUGAAACCCAGUUUGGCAUUAACCACUUUGCUGGAAUUGUUUACUACGAAACUAAAGGUUUCUUGGAGAAAAACAGGGACACGCUGCAUGGAGACAUCAUUCAGCUGGUGCAUUCCUCAAAAAACAAAUUCAUCAAGCAGAUCUUCCAAGCAGAUGUGGCAAUGGGAGCGGAGACGAGGAAGCGCUCGCCGACGCUCAGCAGCCAGUUCAAGCGAUCCCUGGAGCUGUUGAUGAGGACUCUCAGCGUGUGCCAGCCCUUUUUUGUCCGCUGCAUCAAGCCCAAUGAGUACAAGAAGCCCAUGCUGUUUGAUCGGGAGCUGUGUGUCCGUCAGCUGAGGUACUCUGGGAUGAUGGAGACAAUCCGCAUCCGCCGAGCUGGAUACCCCAUCCGCUACACCUUUGUGGAGUUUGUGGACCGUUACCGAGUGCUCAUGCCUGGGGUGAAGCCAGCAUACAAGCAGGGCGACCUGCGUGGGACAUGCCAGCGCAUUGCUGAAGCAGUGCUUGGGAAGGAUGAUGACUGGCAGAUUGGCAAAACAAAGAUAUUCCUGAAGGACCACCAUGACAUGCUGCUGGAGAUCGAGCGAGACAAGGCCAUCACGGACAAAGUCAUCCUCAUCCAGAAGGUGGUCCGUGGGUAUAAAGACAGGUCCAAUUUCCUGAAAGUGAGAAAUUCAGUCCUGAUGAUUCAGAGAUACUGGCGUGGACAUAACUGCAGGAAGAAGUAUGGUGCUAUGCGGAUUGGCUUCCUGAGACUGCAGGCCCUGUACCGAUCCCGCAAGCUCCAUAAGCAGUACCACAUGGCUCGCCGGCGGAUCAUCGAGUUUCAGGCCCGAUGCCGUGGCUACCGGGACCGCCACCGCCUCUGGGCUGUCCUCACUGUCCAGGCCUAUGCCCGGGGCAUGAUUGCCCGAAGGCUGUAUAAGCGCCUCCGGGGGGAAUAUCAUCGACGCCUGGAAGCAGAGAAACUUCGGCUGGCAGAAGAGGAACGAUUCCGAAAGGAGAUGAGUGCCAAGAAAGCCAAAGAGGAAGCAGAAAAGAAACACCAAGUUCGCCUGGCCCAGCUGGCACGGGAAGAUGCAGAGAGAGAAGUAAAAGAGAAGGAGGAAGCACGUCGGAAGAAAGAGCUCUUAGAAAAAAUGGAGAAAGCUCGUAACGAGCCAGUGAAUGACUCAGAAAUGGUGGACAAGAUGUUUGGAUUCCUGGGGACAACAUCCUCCCUGCCUGGCCAGGAAGGACAGGCACCCAAUGGCUUUGAGGAUCUUGAGCAAGUCCAGAAGGAGCUGGAGGAAGAGGACCUGGAUGCAGCAUUGCCUCUCCCUGAGGAAGAGGAGGAAGAUCUCUCAGAGUACAAAUUUGCCAAGUUUGCUGCCACAUAUUUCCAGGGCACGACCACACACACGUACAUCCGCCGGCCUCUCAAGCAGCCUCUCUUGUACCAUGAAGAUGAAGGAGACCAGUUGGCAGCACUCGCUGUGUGGAUCACUAUCCUCCGUUUCAUGGGAGACCUCCCUGAGCCGAAGUAUCACACAGCCAUGAGUGAUGGUGGGGAGAAGAUACCAGUGAUGACAAAAAUCUAUGAGACUCUUGGGAAGAAGACCUAUAAGAAAGAACUGCAGGCUCUGCAGGGAGAAGGAGAGAGUACUAAUAUUGAUGGGCACAAGAAGAACAGUGUGCGGCACAAACUGGUCUCCUUAACACUCAAGAAGAAAUCCAAACUGACGGAGGAGGUGACAAAGAGACUUCACGAUGGUGAGUCUACACUCCAGGGUAAUAGCAUGCUCGAAGACCGACCCACCUCCAACCUGGAGAAGCUCCAUUUCAUUAUUGGUAAUGGCAUCCUCAGGCCAGCCUUAAGGGAUGAAAUCUAUUGUCAAAUCUGUAAGCAGCUGACCCAGAACCCAUCCAAAAGCAGCCAUGCCAGGGGUUGGAUCCUGAUGUCCCUCUGCGUGGGAUGUUUUGCUCCUUCUGAGAAGUUUGUGAAGUAUUUAAGGAAUUUUAUCAACGGAGGCCCCCCAGGUUAUGCUCCCUAUUGUGAAGAGAGACUGAGGCGGACAUUUGCCAAUGGAACAAGGACACAGCCACCCAGCUGGCUAGAGCUGCAGGUACUCUGCGACAAGAAACCGAUCAUGCUGCCGGUCACGUUUAUGGAUGGGACGACAAAAACACUGUUGACCGACUCUGCGACAACUGCUAAAGAGCUCUGUAAUUCUUUGGCCGACAAAAUCAGCCUGAAGGACCGAUUUGGCUUUUCACUAUACAUUGCACUUUUUGACAAGGUCUCCUCGCUGGGGAGCGGCAAUGACCAUGUGAUGGAUGCUGUGUCUCAGUGCGAGCAGUACGCCAAAGAGCAGGGAGCGCAGGAGCGCAACGCUCCAUGGAGACUCUUCUUCAGGAAGGAGAUAUUCACUCCUUGGCACAACCCAAAUGAGGACAAUGUGGCCACCAAUCUCAUUUACCAACAGAUUGUGCGAGGAGUGAAGUUUGGGGAGUACCGGUGUGACAAGGAGGAAGAUCUGGCAGAACUGGCUUCCCAGCAGUACUACGUGGACUAUGGGUCAGAGAUGGUACUGGAAAGGCUGCUAAAUCUAAUUCCAUCCUACAUCCCAGACAGAGAGAUCACAGCUUCAAAAACAGUGGAAAAAUGGGCUCAGCUCAUUAUAGCUGCACAUAAAAAGGGAAUUUAUACUCAGAAGAGGGCAGACCCAAAAAAGGUCAAGGAAGAGGUAGUGGAUUUCGCACGUUUCAAGUGGCCUUUGCUGUUUUCUCGGUUUUACGAAGCCUUUAAAUUCUCAGGGCCAAGCCUGCCUAAAAAUGAUGUGAUUGUAGCUGUCAACUGGACAGGGGUGUACUUUGUGGAUGAACAGGAGCAGGUUCUCUUAGAGCUAUCUUUCCCAGAGAUCACGGCUGUGUCAAGCAGCAGAGGAGGAAAGCUGCAAGGGCAGAGUUUCACCUUGGCCACCAUUAAAGGCGAUGAAUACACUUUCACCUCCAACAAUGCGGAGGAUAUCCGGGACCUGGUGGUGACCUUCCUUGAAGGACUAAGAAAACGAUCCAAGUAUGUGGUCACUCUCCAAGACAAUCCAAACCCUGUGGGAGAAGAAUCUGGGUUCCUAAGCUUCCUCAAAGGAGACCUCAUAGUUCUGGACCAGGACACAGGAGAACAAGUGAUGAACUCAGGGUGGGCUAAUGGGUUCAAUGAACGGACCAAGCAGAGAGGGGAUUUUCCAACUGAUUCUGUCUACGUCUUGCCUACAGUCACCAUGCCUCCACUGGAGAUUGUGGCACUGGUCACAAUGACCCCUGAUCAACGACAAGAUGUUAUCAGAACCUCUCAGAUGGCAAUUUCAGACAGUGAAGAGAGAGUGAAGCCAUACACCUUGGAGGAAUUUUCCUAUGAUUAUUUUAGGCCACCUCCCAAGCACACCCUCAGCAGGGUCAUGAUCACCAAGAGCCGUGGGAAGGACAAGCUGUGGUGUUACACCCGUGAGCCCAUCAAACAACCACUGCUGAAGAAGAUCCUGGGCAGCGAGGAGCUGUCCCAAGAAGCAUGCAUGGCCUUCAUUGCAGUGCUGAAGUAUAUGGGUGACUACCCAUCCAAAAGGACCCGCUCAGUCAAUGAGCUGACAGACCAAAUAUUUGAAGGUGCCUUGAAAGCUGAACCCCUAAAGGAUGAAAUCUACUGCCAGACCCUCAAGCAGCUCACAGACAACCACAUCAAGUACAGUGAAGAGAAAGGCUGGGAGCUGUUGUGGUUAUGUACAGGCCUUUUCCCUCCAAGUAAUAUCCUCCUGCCCCAUGUCCAGAGGUUCCUGCAAUCCAGGAAACAUCACCCCUUAGCAGCAGACUGCAUCCAGAGACUUCAGAAAGCCCUGAGGAAUGGAUCCAGGAAAUACCCACCCCAUCUGGUAGAAGUGGAAGCCAUUCAACACAAAACCACCCAAAUUUUCCACAAGGUUUACUUCCCUGAUGACACUGAUGAGGCAUUUGAGGUGGAGUCCAGCACAAAAGCCAAGGACUUCUGCCAGAACAUCUCCAACAGGCUGCUCCUAAAGUCCUCUGAAGGCUUCAGCCUCUUCGUCAAAAUCUCUGACAAGGUCAUCAGCGUGCCUGAGGGAGAUUUCUUCUUUGACUUCGUGAGACACCUGACAGACUGGAUAAAGAAAGCAAGACCGGCAAAAGAUGGUAUAGUGCCUUCUCUCACCUACCAAGUGUUCUUCAUGAAAAAACUGUGGACCAACACAAUGCCUGGAAAAGACUCAAUGGCAGACUCAAUCUUCCACUACUACCAGGAGUUACCAAAGUACCUGCGUGGCUACCACAAGUGCUCACGGGAAGAGGUCCUGCAGCUGGCAGCUCUCAUCUACCGGGUGAAGUUUGAGGAUGACAAAUCCUAUUUCCCCAGUAUCCCCAAGCUCCUGAAGGAGCUGGUGCCUCAGGACCUCAUCCGGCAGAUCUCUCCAGAUGACUGGAAAAGGUCCAUUGUGGCAUACUACAAUAAGCACGCAGGCAAAACAAGAGAAGAAGCCAAGCUUGCCUUUCUAAAGAUUAUCUUCAAGUGGCCUACAUUUGGAUCAGCAUUCUUUGAAGUGAAGCAAACUACAGAGCCAAAUUAUCCAGAAAUCCUUCUAAUUGCCAUCAAUAAACAUGGAGUCAGCCUCAUUGAUCCCAAAACCAAGGAUAUUCUCAUCACGCACCCCUUCACCAAGAUCUCCAACUGGAGCAGUGGCAAUACAUACUUCCAUAUAACUAUUGGCAACCUGGUGAGAGGAAGCAAGCUGCUCUGUGAGACCUCUCUGGGCUACAAGAUGGAUGAUCUUUUGACCUCGUACAUCAGCCAGAUGCUAACAGCCAUGAGCAAACAGAGGAGUGCAAAGGGUAGCAAGUGA